UGGACAGCACUUGUGCGUUCAUGGCCAUCCCGACGGCGCCAAGUGACGGCGGGAAUUGAUCGCCAUGAUCGUGAACAAGAAGCCCCUUCAAAAUCGCUCCAGUGGUAAGGACAUACCAAAAGGCCGCGUGAAAAAGGCUGCAUCGCGUCAGGAGUCUCUUCCAGCACUUGGCUCUACGCCGCGAAAACCUGUCUAUCCGGCAAGGUCAGCCACGACGUUCAUCCCGCCACUUGCCCCUUCCACGUGUGAACCCAUGUCGGUACAGCAACCACCGCAAGAUAUACAUGCAGUCGCAACAAGACUGCUUGGCCUUCCGCGCGAAGGCGACCACAGCUGCGGCACUGUCCACAUCAAGUUCAAUCACUACAAUCGGUCGUUCCCCAUUUACAACGGUGUGCUGCAGUGGUCCGACGUCGACGCGGAGUACUGUUUCUCUUUUGUCUACCGCGGCGCGUACACGAGGGAGGUGUGUUGCAUCUCCAAUGCGUCCCCGGUGGAUGGAAUGCACAGUGCCACCAUGCAGCGGGACACGGCGGGCGACCUGUUUAUCGGCCUUGUCGUUGGCAACCAGUACGAAGUGUCAGUGGAGGAAGAUCCCGUGGCUGGAGUUGGCGCGGAGGGGCUUCGUGUCAACACGAACCCUCUCUUUGCCUCGGGGGCGUCUUCGACUUCUGCAGUCAUUUCUGGCAAUGCUGCAACGAGGCUGCUCACGCAGGAUCUUCGCAACAUGCACCCGGACAAUCUUGGCAGUGACGAAGCCAAGGAAAUCAUUGCGAGGAGAGACAUCGAGGACGUGCUGUUUGCAUGAGGUGAACCGUUUAACCGUUUAAUUGCCUCUAAAACUGGUGGCGUGUCGGGUACGGUGGCGGCGUAGUCGGGACUCUGUCUUCGGCAGAGCUGAUACGCCGUCGGAGGCGCUUGACGUUGAAUACGACGUCGCCUGUAAUGGACGAUGCCCUUGAUGUGUUUGCUUUGGUCGCGCUGGUUGGGAAGAGGAAGGAUGGCAGGGCCAUGUGCUUGAUGGCUCGGGGUUGUCGAAUCUUGAAUGACGCGAUGAUCGCAACCACGACUGGCACCGUCGCUCCCAUGAUUACUUGAAGUUUGUAUGGUUUCAUAAGUGCGACAUUCCAAGAGGGAUUCCAUACUAAAUUGCACGCGCGACUGGUUGAAUCGGUGCACGCGUCUGCGAUGCACACCGCCGCUUGCUUGUGCCACGCAAGCGAGCGCAGUGUGUUCAAUUACAAAGAUAUGAUAUUCACAUCCCCCUUACCACACGUGGAUGGAGCAGACGAUGCAGCGUGGGGAGGUGCACAACGUUUCGUUGAUGAGGUCAGUGGAUCAGUGAAAACAUUGAAAUAGAUGGCGGGUGGACUUCAAAAUUUCACGAACCACGCCGACGCGUUAGAGUCUGCGGCGCAUUCGAGACGACAACGACAUCCCCAGAACGACCAGAGAUCCUCGUCCAGGACGCAUGCAGCGCGGUGGAAAGGCACGGACGUUUUGA